GAGAUAGACAGGCAGACAGUGGUGUUUCUAGUUUAGCUUGCUAGUUUUGACGACAUGUUUUUUUUUUUUUUAAUGAUUGUCAAAGCCAAACAAACUAGCAUGAACUGCUGCUUUGGGAUGCAAGUAUUAUAGUUAGCAACCUUUUCAAUACCACAAAUCGGACAUCAGCGGUGCACAAAUAUACGAUAAUAGUGACCUAAGGAGCCAGCCUUCUGCCCAGGUGUCAGACUGGUGAGAGUGUGUAAGAGAGAGAGACUGAAAGAGUGGUCGUCAUGGCAGCUGAGGCGCAGAGACAGCGGUCUCUGUCCACGUCAGGAGAGUCGCUCUACCUGGUCCUGGGGAUCGACAAGAACGCCUCGCCGGAGGACAUCAAGAAGUCCUACAGGAAACUGGCCCUGAAGUUCCACCCAGACAAGAACCCAGACAACCCCGAGGCUGCUGAUAAGUUUAAGGAAAUCAACAGCGCCCACGCCAUCCUGAACGACUGUACCAAGAGGAACAUCUAUGACAAGUACGGAUCCCUGGGACUGUACGUGGCCGAGCAGUUUGGAGAGGAGAACGUCAACACCUACUUUGUCCUCUCCUCCUGGUGGGCUAAGGGCCUGUUCAUCUUCUGUGGCUUGGCGACUGGCUGCUACUUCUGCUGCUGUCUGUGCUGCUGCUGUAACUGCUGCUGUGGGAAGUGUAAACCGCGGCCUCCCAUGGACCAGGAACCAGAGUUCUACGUCUCCCCUGAAGACCUGGAGGCACAGAUGCAGUCUGACGAGAGAGACGUUGGUGGUGACCCCAUCAUGAUGCAGCCGUCUGGAACAGAAACCACCAGGCUGACGUCAGACAACCACUCCUCCUACCGGACCGACACCGGAUACAACUAAACCCCCUGUACCCCUACACAGGAUACAACUAAACCCCCUGUACCCCUACAUAGGAUACAACUAAACCCCCUGUACCCCUACUCUACACCGGAUACAACUAAACCCCCUGUACCCCUACUCUCUACACCAGAUAAAACUAAACCCCCUGUACCCCUACUCUCUACACCAGAUACAACUAAACCCCUGUACCCCUACUCUACACCGGAUACAACUAAACCCCUGUACCCCUACUCUACACCGGAUACAACUAAACGUGUACCCCUACUCUCUACACCAGAUACAACUAAACCCCUGUACCCCUACUCUACACCGGAUACAACUAAACCCCCUGUACCCCUACUCUACACCAGAUACAACUAAACCCCCUGUACCCCUACUCUCUACACCAGAUACAACUAAACCCCUGUACCCCUACUCUCUACACCAGAUACAACUAAACCCCUGUACCCCUACUCUACACCGGAUACAACUAAACCCCUGUACCCCUACUCUACACCGGAUACAACUAAACCCCUGUACCCCUACUCUCUACACCAGAUACAACUAAACCCCUGUACCCCUACUCUACACCGGAUACAACUAAACCCCUGUACCCCUACUCUACACCGGAUACAACUAAACCCCCUGUACCCCUACUCUACACCGGAUACAACUAAACCCCUGUACCCCUACUCUCUACACCAGAUACAACUAAACCCCCUGUACACCUACUCUCUACACCGGAUACAACUAAACCCCUGUACCCCUACUCUCUACACCGGAUACAACUAAACCCCUGUACCCCUACUCUCUACACAGGAUACAACUAAACCCCUGUACCCCUACUCUCUACACCGGAUACAACUAAACCCCUGUACCCCUACUCUACACCAGAUACAACUAAACCCCCUGUACCCCUACCCUGUACCCCUACACUCUACAACGGAUACAACUUAACCCCCUGUACCCCUACUCUCUACACAGGAUACAACUAAACCCCUGUACCCCUACUCUACACCGGAUACAACUAAACCCCUGUACCCCUACUCUACACCAGAUACAACUAAACCCCUGUACCCCUACUCUCUACACCAGAUACAACUAAACCCCCUGUACCCCUACUCUCUACACCAGAUACAACUAAACCCCCUGUACCCCUACCCUCUACACCAGAUACAACUAAACCCCCUGUACCCCUACCCUGUACCCC